AAGGAGAUCGAAAAUUCUGAAACCUAACUGCGAUCGUCUCUGAGAAUUUUAGGGCUGACGUGGCAUUGUGAUCUGAGAGAUGGCGACGUUCGCUGAUGCACCGGCGGGUAAUGCUGCCGCGGGAGAGAAGAUCUUCAGGACCAAGUGCGCCCAGUGCCACACCGUCGAUAAAGGAGCUGGUCACAAGCAAGGACCUAAUUUGAAUGGUCUUUUUGGGAGGCAGUCUGGCACAACUGCUGGGUACUCCUAUUCUGCUGCUAACAAGAACAUGGCUGUGGCUUGGGGAGAGAAUACAUUGUAUGAUUACUUGCUUAACCCAAAGAAGUACAUUCCCGGGACAAAGAUGGUUUUCCCGGGAUUGAAGAAGCCACAGGAUCGCGCAGACCUCAUUGCUUAUCUGAAGGAAUCAACUGCUUGAACCACCCCCGCCUACCUUUACACAACACGAUCAUGUUUUUCUUUCUUGGGCACACCGGAAGAGUCUGUUCAUUGAACUCAAAUUUUUUCUCCUGAAAAAUGGGAAACAAUAUUUCUUAUUUUUCUUGUUCAAAAUAAGACCAUCUAAGGUCUGCAAUGUGCUGUCUGUUUGAAACAUAAGACUAGUAAAUCAUUUUUGUGGAAGACCGAAGAUCUUUUGCA